CGACUGUCCCUGGCCGUGUCCAGCACCUCGCUCUCAGUUCGCACUCUCCACCUCCGACCUGCUCCACCUCCGACCUGCUCCGACAUGGAUCCUAUGAGGCGGCCCGCUCUCGACGCCCUCAACGACGCCCGACACGCGGUCCGCAACGACGGCGAAGCAGAGGUCGUCACCACAUCGCACGCUUUAGCGCUUGCGCUGGGUGUGGCGAAGCCCAGUCGCCGCACGGUGCGUGCGGUCCAGGCGGUCGUGGCGCGGCUUGAAUUGCCUGGAUCGUAUCUGCGCGACCAGGACGCAUGGGAGGCGCACGGCGUGACCCGCUCGGCCUACCUCAAAUGGAAGCAGCGCAUCCAUGCCGUCGCUCUGCAGGCAGCAGCAGACCAGUUGGGUGAGACCGACCUGCUCGAGUUCACGGCGGCGCAUGCAAGCAAGCCCACCGUUGGCUGCUUUGCGAUGCCUGACUCGGCGUGCGAGGCCGAGAUGGUCCGGGCCAACCGCGAAGCUGCGCUGCUACUGCACGAGCACGCACGGGGCUUCAUCUUUCGCAACCGCGGAGAGGCGACCUACGAGGCGUGGGUGGCGAUGCUACAUCCCGAGAAUGUGGCACUCGACUCGCGGCUCAAGACCGAGGGGUGCGAGCACCAGCGCAUCUGGGAGUCGGCCCUCGCCUCGGCCGCCUCGCAAGCGGCCGAGCCGCUGGGGCUCGUGGAGCUGAGCGUGCUUUCAGCCUUCAGCCUGGCCGUCCUCUCGGUCGACGUGUCACUCAGCCUUGUGGACGCGCUCCUCACGACAGGCGCCGCCGCCGCACGAGAAGGGCGCGUGGGGUGCACGCCGACCGGAGCUUCCCCGUGCAGCGCCGCCGUCCUCCUCCCGCCGACGCUCGUCGCCGCGAGCAUCGAGGCGGCUCUCGAGAUCGGCUCUGCUGCGACACUCGCUGGAGGCACGCUCGCACUCACCGCCGUCACCGUGCUUGGCGGCCUCACGCUCUCUCUCCUCGCACUCUCGCCCGCCGCCGGCCGCCACGCAGCCUCGCGCCUCCGCUCGAGGGGCCCGCGGCUCCGGCGGCGUUUGCGCCUCAUGCCCGAGCGCCUUGCGGCAGCGUUUGGUUUGGCCUGCCGCCCGGACGGCGUCCGCGUCGUUGUGCCGGUGGCUGUGGCAACGCCGGUGGCGCCAGCGGUGGACCACCGCCAGCUCCUGGCGACCGUCGAGGUCGUCAAAGACGCUUCCUGCUAAAACAGGUGCAAGAGGUCUGUGCCGCUAAGUACUGGAUCGCCGCCCGCACCAUGUCGAACACGUCCCGAGCUCCCGACACACGCGGCCUAGUAGGCGUUUGAAAGGAGGGAGGGGAGAGGGCGGCCGCGUGUCCCUCUACGUUUGUUAUGUAGAUCACUAUCUGUGCCGUCGCGCGGUCGGUCGUCAUCGACGUCGUGACGAUGGCGGUGUGUAUGUCAUGUGAAUUCAAUUCAUGUAGUAAAUCUCA